CCGAGGGACGAUUACCCGCAGGAACCACCUCGUCAUGCUCAACCUGACGUCAUCACCGUGCGUCCUCUGUGGCUGCAGACCCCCUCUUGUCCAUCCCGCGGUGUUUACCGUCUCAUUCAGAGACCUGCGGCCUUUGUGUUGACCGCGGCGGACUGCUGGGUCGUUCCUUUGGCUCCACUGACAAUAAACUGGUCGUUCGUCGCUGGUCUACUUCAACAUGGAGUCCGGAGAGUCCGCGGAGGAGAAGACUGGUCCGGUGUCCGCGGCUCAGAGGAGAGCAGAGAUCCGCAGGAGGAAGCUGCUCAUGAACUCAGAGGACAGGAUGAACAGGAUCGUGGGCUUCACCAAGAACGAGUCUGAGAUCAACGCAGGAGCCUCUCGGCGUCCGACAGAACCUCGGUUCCACCUCGAUCUUGACAGAACAGAGCAGUGGUCCUCUUCCGCAUCUUCGCAGAGGCCGUCCCCUUUCCUGCCGGAGGCUUCUGGGUUCGGCAGCCGCUCCCACAGCGCCACCCCAGAGAGGAGGGGCUCGCCCCUGCCAGACUGCAGUGAGCCACACGGAGGCUCCAUAGAAGAUGACAUCAUGGGGGUCCGGCAGAGACCCAGGGGGGAGCGGGCAUCGGACGACAUCAGUGGGUCCCCACGCAGGGGCCUCCAGAAGUACCUGUCUCGUUUCGAUGAUGCCAUGAAACUGCGAGGUCAGCUGGCCAACGAGAAGCCGGCCCAGGACGGAGAGUCGGAGACAGAGGAGUUUGAUCCCUUCAGAGUCUUCAGGCUCAUCGGCAGCGUCCUCCUCGCCAUCUUUGUCAGAGUGUUCGUCUGCAAGUAUCUGUCUAUCUUUGCUCCAUUUCUGACCCUUGAACUGGCCUACAUGGGGUUGUCUAAGUACUUUCCAAAGGUAGAGAAGAAGACCCAGACCACUGUGCUAACCGCUGCCCUGCUGCUGUCCGGCAUCCCCGCUGAGGUCAUCAACCGCUCCAUGGAUACCUACAGGAGGAUGGGCGAUGUCUUUGCUGACCUAUGCGUCUACUUCUUCACCUUCAUCCUCUCCAACGAGAUCCUGCUCCUCAUUGGCUCAGAGACUCCCUGAUGGAGGGGCAGGACCUCAGUAACCCAACCCUCCUUCUUGUUGACCCCUCCUUCCGUUCCCCAUAGCAACAAGGCAUGCUUAUUUACGUCCUCUGGUGUGGGUUUGCUGUCGACAGUCUGAAAAUGAAUCCCUGCCUUCUUUUGACCGGGGUCGCCCAUCAGCUGCAUGAGAGCUCAUCUCGACAGCACUUCAGACUUUCACCAAGGCUCAGCUACAUGUUACCAGAGAGGCCAGCGUUUGUUACAGAGCUCCAUGUUAUUUCUGCUCGCCACAGACGCUGGAAACUUAACAACAUUUUGUGUUUAUAAUGACCAGUAUUAUUUAUUUUCAGGAAAUGGUAAAUGUCGCACUGAAAAGUGGAAGAUAAUUGGUCUUGCAAAGGGUUCAUAGAUUCCAUCUAACUUUUGUUCACCUCACAUGACUCUGACAUUUCUGAUCUUGAUUCAUCAUCUCGAUAAAAAUACAUCAAACAUAUUCUACAUGUGUGGAAAACAAAAUCUUUCAAUAUACUGAACCCCACGCUCACAGGUUAUGUGUUGUGUUGCUGCUCUCUCUGGCAGGAUUUGUCAGAAUUGUGUAAAAAGAGGUUCACAGUGCAAUUCCACUGAAUGCAAAGAGAGAGUAAUAAGAGAAACUGAAUUAUGCCUGAGUCCUUCUAUAACCUAAUAAAUCUAAAUGUGUUGCAUAAGCUGGACAAGGUGUCAUAUUCUCAGCUGAUAGAAACCUAAUACUGGUGCCUGACCUUAAAACCAAAUCUCUAACAACACUAUGGAUGCCUUUUUUACUCUUAGCUGUGCAGAGGGUUAGAAAGGUUGGGUUCAGUGCGUUUUCAGUUCAUUUAAAACCUAAAUCUAAACUGUUACAAAUGUUUAUGUAUUUGUUUUAUUUAUAUUUUGAUUCAGUCUAGUUCCUGAACCAACUGAAACACAAAUGAAUUGACCGCAACCCUGGAGAUGAGAGGGUUACUGAGGAUCUUGACCUGUUGUGACAGGCUGAAUACAGUAGUGGGCUUAAUACAGGUGGUUUACUGUUAACUUUAUAAUUACAUGGAAGUUUAGGAACAGUUAAAAAAACGUGCUAUGAGAUUAGUUUCAAUACUCAGAACAACUGAUUUCUGACUUUGUUCUCAGGAUUCUGAUCAAAUCUUUGGAUUAUUUUGUAAUUUUUGUAAUUUUCUUCUGUGAUUAAUCUGAGGUUCUGUCAUAUUUUGAAUUUCCUCUUUCCUGCUGAACAUGCAACUAGCAGGAAACGCAGAGGUUCAGACUAACAGCUGCAUGAUUUUUCUGUUGAGAAAAUAAAAGGUUGAGGAAGUAAAAACA